GGUGCGGUUUCUGCUAAGAUAGAUAUUAGGGGUACUGGACUUCUACCAUAAACAAACUACAUGUAUCUACCGAUCGCUCUUUGCAAAUAGAUACCCUACUCAUCUUUUGAUUCAUUAACUGAAUAAAUACUAACUUUGAUUUCAAAUUAUAUAAUGGGGCAAAAAGAUACGUUUGACCUUGAUUUGAACUCGAAAAUUAGUUCGUCUGCAAAUGAAAAGUUUGAUGCCUAUUUGAAGCGACAUGGACUUAUAGAACCUAAUCAAUUUCAACCGCGUCGACUUAACGAUGCACUUGAGGAUCGUAUGGGAGAACUGAAGCUUACAAGCAGUCCUGUCGCAAAGGAAAACUAUGUGGAUAAAAGUCCUCAGAAAUCACCGAGCAAGAUUCCAAUAGCUUCUCCAAAUCCCGUUGCAGUUGAGCGAUCGAAAGAGCGAUUGCAUGGUAGUUCAAGAUUAUUUGAUUCGAUUAAUCAAGCACCAGGUUGGAAUAUGGGGACUAUGAACCUUUCGAUGGAGGAAUUGGAGAAAAUAUCAAGACCAAAAGUCAAAAGGAUGGCGACUAUAUGUCAAAUGUUUUUUCUUGAUAAUUAUUUUGAACAGUUGCAUUAUUUACAUUCUAGAAAGCAAAGAUUGCACCUUUUUGAGCAACAACUUGCAAAGGAACCCACUAAUGUACGAAAUGAAUUAGAAAAGCGUUACAACGGUCGUGAACGUGUAUAUCUACGAAAACGUCGUACUCGUAUAAGUCAUGGUGAUUUUCAAACGAUUACCCAAGUGGGUCAAGGUGGUUACGGAUCGGUUUGGUUAGCAAGGAAGAGAGAUACGAAGGAAAUUGUUGCUUUAAAAAUAAUGAACAAAUCGGUUUUGCUGAAAAUGGAUGAAAUUCGUCAUGUACUUACGGAAAGAGAUAUUCUUACAAGUGCAAACUCAGAGUGGCUAGUAAGGUUAUUAUAUGCUUUUCAAGAUUUAUCGAAUAUAUAUUUGGCUAUGGAGUUCGUACCAGGAGGUGAUUUUAGAACAUUGUUGAGUAACAGCGGGGUUUUAAGAGAUCAUCAUGCUAAGUUUUAUGCUACGGAGAUGUUUUUGGCAAUUGAUGCAUUGCAUAAACUAGGAUAUAUCCAUCGAGAUCUAAAACCCGAAAACUUUUUAGUUGGCGCUUCUGGACAUAUCAAACUUACUGACUUUGGACUUAGUUCCGGUAUAAUCAGUAAGCAAAAGAUUGAAAGCAUGAAGAUACGACUUCAGGAUGUGAACAACGUAGCAGUUCCUGAAAGAAGUAUGCGUGAGCGUCGUCAAGUGUUCCGCUCACUUUUGGCUCAGGAUCCUGUGUAUGCUCAUUCGGUGGUCGGAUCGCCUGACUACAUGGCACCAGAAGUUUUGCGAGGGGAAAACUAUGAUUACUCGGUGGACUAUUGGUCGCUUGGGUGUAUUUUGUAUGAAUGCCUCUCUGGGUUUCCUCCGUUUUCGGGUUCAAAUGUCAAUGAAACAUGGUCCAAUUUAAAGAAUUGGAAAAAAUGUUUUCAACGCCCACAUUAUGAUGAUCCCCGAGAUUUAGAAUUUAACUGGAAAGACGAAGCUUGGGACUUCGUUACUCAUUGCAUCACUAGCCCUGCCUAUCGUUACCGUUCUUUGAAUCAGGUAAAACAACAUCCAUAUUUUGCUCAAAUUAAGUGGGAGAACGUGCGUGAAUCAUAUCGACCUCCAUUUAUUCCUGAUUUGAACUCGGAGAUUGACGCUGGGUACUUUGACGACUUUACGAACGAAAAUGAUAUGUCCAAAUAUAAAGAAGUUCAUGACAAACAAGCGGCAAUUGCUCGUAUGUCAAAUACAUUUAAUAAACCCAAACGAAAUGCUUUUAUUGGGUUUACCUUCAAACAUCAGAAAAACAACCAUCCCAUUCCUUCUGCCGGUGUCCCUUCUUUGUCGGGUUCUGCUUUUGGAACACUUUUGUAAAUUACCUUUGAAGUGUCAUUAAUUUGGAGAAGGCAUAUUCUGGGAACAUAAAUUUAUAAAGCGAUGAUUUGCUUGAAUUAUUAAUGGAGCCGGAUUUUAUGAGUGUUAUGCCCGUAUUUAAAAUGAUGUGACGAUUUAUCUUGGAAGUUUUGGAACCCACUUUGCGAUAUCAUGUUUGGAUACAUGAUUGCAUAUGGUUUGUUUUGAACAUCAACUUUUUUAUUGCAUGUGAAUCAAACAAAUUCAAUUACACGUUUUGCUUUUAUUCACUUUUGAAAUUUAUUUUUUAAUACAUAUAUACAUAUAACUUGAAUUAAUCCUAGGAAAACAGAAGAAAAUGAAAAUGCAAACACACGAAAAUGAAAUAAAAUAUUUUGAAGAUUUUCAAAAGUGAA